AUGUCUUGCCAACAAAACCAGCAACAGUGCCAGCCACCUCCAAAGUGCCAGACCCCCAAGUGCCCGCCCAAGUGCCCUCCCCAGGCUCCCUGCCCUCCUCCAGUCUCCUCCUGCUGUGACUCUAGCUCUAGAGGGUGCUGCAGCUCUGGGGGUUGCUGCAGCUCUGGCUCUGAGGGCGGCUGCUGCCUCUUUUCCCAUCACAGAAGAUCCCACAGGCGCAGACACCAGAGGUCUGACUGUUGUGACAGUGGCAGUGGGCACAGCCAGCGUUCUGGGGGCUGCUGUGGGAGCUCUGGGGGCUGCUGCUGA